CUUAUGAACUGCCCUGUGACAUUAAAUAAACCAAAGCUACCAAUCCCCCCUUUGCAGAAUGCAGCGAGUAUAUUUAGAGCACUCACUACUGCUUAUUGUGUCCUUUUUAGUUUGUGGAUUGCAUUCGGAUUUGGUCAACCGCACAACGAACAUGUUGCUUCCUAAUCAUCCUGCUCCUGAUUUUCAAGGUACAGCCGUUGUAGGCACAGAAUUUCGUCCCAUCAGUUUGAGUGAAUAUCGUGGACAAUACGUCAUAUUGUUAUUCUACCCGUUAGAUUUCACAUUCGUAUGCCCAACGGAGAUAAUUGCAUUCAGUGAAAGAGCUGCAGACUUUAAAAGUCGAGGAUGUCAAGUUAUCGCAUGUUCUACUGAUUCUGUGUAUGCUCAUUUAGCAUGGACGAAAUUGGAUCGUAAAGCUGGAGGCUUGGGUCAAAUGAAUAUACCACUUUUAUCUGAUAAGAAUUUGAAAAUAUCACGCGCUUAUGGAGUUCUGGAUGAAGAGGAAGGUCAUGCAUUCAGAGGCAUGUUCCUCAUUGAUCGUCAAGGCAUUUUACGUCAUAUCACUGUGAAUGAUCGUCCAGUAGGCCGAUCUGUGGAUGAGGCAAUUCGUGUGUUGGACGCAUUCAUUUUCUUCGAAAAGCAUGGUGAAGUUUGCCCUGCCAACUGGAAACCAAAUUCAGCUACAAUGAAACCUGAUCCAGUUGGAGCUAUGUCUUAUUUCUCAAAGAUGAACUGAGAUGUUGUUUUCCUCCUCUUUUGUAUUCAUUUCUUACUAUUCUCAUAGUUGGCAUUAAAUAAACUUAUAAUUUCCAUAA